AUGCGCUCACAAUUCAUGCUCCCAAUCAGCGGGCCGAUUGCGCCUACUGUCGUAUUAUACGGUGGCGUAUUUUGCGCCAUCGUCUAUGUCAUCCGAAAAACAUUCUUUUCCGCGAAGAAAUUACCGCUGCCGCCGGGUCCGAAGGGUGUACCGAUUCUGGGGAACGUAACCGACCUUCCGCCUAAAGGACUGCCAGAAUGGGAACACUGGGCGAAGCACAAGGAUAUUUAUGGGCCUAUAAGCUCCAUAACUGUUUUCGGACAGACGAUUAUUUUACUACAUGACGUAGAUAUGGCAGUAGAGCUAUUAGAUAAGAGAUCGGCGAAGUUUUCUUCGAGGCCGUCUAUGGUAUUUCCCAAAAUGUGUGGCUAUGAACACGAAAUGGGUAUCUUAGGUUAUGAUAGAUAUCACCGCAAGACACGGAAGCUAGCCGCCGGGCAGAUAGGAUCAACAGCAUCAAUAAAACAAUUCCAUGAUCUUAUCGACCUUCAAACUCGACGGUUUUUGUUACAGACACUGGAAAAUCCAGAUAACCUUCUUGAAAACUUGCAAAUUCAAGCAGCCUCCAUUAUUCUAGAAAUUCUAUUCGGAUACAAUGUCAACCCUAACGGUCGUGAUCCCCUUGUCACCCUCGCCAACAAAUUCAUGGCUGAAUUCGGCGAAGCCAUUGUCGCAGGCGCCUGGCUUGUUGAUAUGAUUCCAUGGCUUCGAUUCCUCCCAGACUGCAUGCCAGGAGCAGGCUUUAAGAAAAUUGCCCGCGAAUACACCCAAACAUACCAAGACUGCAUGAACAUCCCAUACGCCUUCACCGAAAACCACCGGAGAUACAAAACAUCAUACAUCUCAAAACUUCUAGACACAAACCCCGAUGAAGCAGAAAUCGAGCUCAUCAAAAACAGCGCUGCUUCGCUAUAUGGUGGCGGAGCUGAUACAACCGUUGCAUCAAUGGGUUUCUUUUUCCUUGCUAUGUCACUGUUCCCUGAUAUUCAGAUCAAGGCAAGAGAAGAGAUUGAUCGUGUGACUGGAGGAUUUGCUUCAAGGUUACCUACAUUGCAAGAUCGUCCAAACCUGCCAUAUGUUGAAGCUGUGGUAAAGGAAACAAUGCGAUGGGUACCCAUUGCACCGCUUUGCGUGCCUCACACUAGUGACGAAGAAGAUGAAUUCCGUGGAUAUCGAAUCCCGAGGGGUACACUAGUGAUCCCAUCCAUUGCAUGGUUCUCCCAAGAUCCGAAUACAUACAGCGAACCGCAUUUAUUCAAGCCCGAACGAUUCCUUGGCCCAGGUCCAGUUGAGAGAGAUCCUUACACUUUUGUUUUUGGAUUCGGUAGAAGGAUAUGCCCUGGACGUCGUCUAGCAGAUGCCAGUGUGUUCAUUGCUCUCGCACAAUCUUUGGCAGUUUUCGAUAUCAAGAAGCCGAUUGAUCCAAAGACUGGCAUGCCAAUUGAACGAAUAGUAGGUGCUACACCUGGACUGGUAACCCACCCGACUACUUACCACUUUAAUAUAACACCAAGGAGUGAGGCGCAUGCAGCUUUGGUUAAGGCUGUUGAGACAGAACACCCUUAUGGAGACCUUGAAGAUGCUUCGUUACUUCGGGGUAACAUCAAAGCAUAUAUGUCGGCUGAACACCGAGCUUCUACUGAGGGUGUAAAGGGAGCUUAG